CAAUGUCAGUUGUAAUUUGUUUACUUAAGUGUCGUUUUGGUCUAACAGUUUCAAAAUAAUAUUUAAAUUAAUUAUUAAAAAUAAUUAAAUGGUUUAAAUUUAAUGUUCUUUCACACUUUUAUAUAGUGGCUUUUAGUUAUUGUUUUAAAUAAAUAAGUACUAAAGCUUAGGGUUCAUUAUAUAUAAUGCAGAGAAUUGUGCACUUGGACUUGAAAGGAGCUCCACUCAAAAUUCCAUAUUUAGAACAGGUAUUAUUAAAUGCAAAAUCAUGGGGAGCUACAGGCAUCCUUAUAGAAUGGGAAGACACAUUCCCAUACUCUGGAGAAUUAAUUGAUAUCGGCAGUUUGACUAACUGCAAUAGAGAUAAUAUGUACUCAUUGCAAGAAGUGAUAUAUAUAUUAAAAUUUGCCAAAGAAACUGGGUUGGAUGUUAUACAACUAAUCCAGACAAUUGGGCAUAUGGAGUUUGUCCUUAAACAUCCAGCCUUUGAGAGGUUUAGGGAGGUGCCUCUGUCCCCAUCUGUACUCUGCCCGUCGAAGCCAGGAGCUCAGAGUUUAGUUCAGAUGAUGCUCGACCAAGCAUUGCAGGUGCAACCUGAUGCAAAAUACUUGCACAUUGGAGCUGAUGAGGCGUGGCACUUAGCAGAAUGCAUGGACUGUCAAAUAGCGAUCCAAACGAAAGAGUGUAAAAUAAGAGAAUCUCUAUAUUUGGAGCAUAUACAAAGUGUAGCAUUAUUUUUAAAACAGAAAAGACCGGAUUUAACUGUUCUUAUCUGGGACGACAUGUUGAGACCUGUAAAUUUUGAAAUAUUAAAAUCGUACAAACUAGGCGAGCUUGUACAACCAGUGGUGUGGGAUUACAACACGGUUGAGUAUUUCCGUUUGGACCCACUCAUGUGGAGUAUGUACGCCCAACUGUUCCCCCAGGUGUGGGCAGCGUCCGCGUACAAAGGAGCCAGUGGUAGUAAUAAGAUGGUGGCGCCAGUGAGCCGAUAUGUAAGCAACCACGAGGCGUGGAGCAAAGAGUUGGAAACUUAUUCAUCGACAGUUAACUUCGGAGGGAUAUUUCUUACUGGUUGGUCGAGGUAUGACCAUUACGCGACGCUUUGCGAGCUACUGCCCAUAUCUCUGCCGAGUUUGGCGUGCUGCCUUAAAGUAUUGUGCAAGACAAAUGACUUGUCUAAUGAACUCUUAGUUAACGAGAUGCUACCCGUUGAGCAGUGGCCCGGCGAACAGCUGGCGUUCCUGAUACGACUGUUCGACUCAUUAAGGGAGCGAUGUCGGCUGUACUUGAGUGACAGCAUGUUAGAGACAUGGAUGAAUUCGUGGCAACUGGAACACAACUAUAUAAAUCCUGUUAAAUUACAAGAGGUCGCCUUCAAAACCAAUAUCCUACUCACAGAAAUAGUGCAAAUUAAGAACGAUUUGACCGCCCAUCUCAUGAACGUAACUGGUCAGAGGACGGUCCAAGAAUGGAUUGAGACGAAUGUAACGCCGGUAGCUAACGAACUAGCCAAAUUGUUGUCUGUUGCCCAACAACGGUGUACAGCGAAUGCCUCUGUACGGCCGACGUGAAGUCUACAUUAUAGACACAUUAGACAAUAGUGCAAUUAGUUGGAAAUGGAAUGAUAACCCCACCUACGUUAUAUUUAUAAGUAUGCAGUCUUCGUUUUAUUUCGAGUCAAAAGACAACCUAAAUAUAUUUGGGUCAGAACUUAGCAACUUCCACAGCACAAUUGGUUGCCUUAUUCAGAUCCACCUUCGUGCAGGAUGAAGGUCACAAAGGACGGGAGGUGGAACAUAGUCUGCGAUUGCGAUCCACAGUCGCUGGCAGAGAUACAACACCCCAUUGCACCAGGAUAAACGUGCAGCGGGUUCGAAGGCUUUUAAGGAAUUUCCAGAUUAGCGUAGGCGGUGUGUAUAUAUAUAUAUAUAUAUAUAUAUAUAUAUAUAUAUAUAUGUUGUGUUUUUAUCAUUUCCAAUUAUUGUUUCGACUUCAAUCAGAAACUUCUUUAGGGGUUGUAUGACUCUUUGCGUCGAAACGUCUAACGUCUCGCCUCACACUGAAACGGCAAAACACCGUGAGUAUGUGUUGUCCGUGUCAAAAAAUGAACAUACAUUUUUAACCCUUUGAAUGCCGACGAGCGUCAUCGCGCUCGUGCGCAUUGCAACUAAAAGUGCCACGAGCGUCAUAGCGGUCGUGAAAUCAGUCGCUGUUUAACUUGGUGUAAAAAAAAUAUAUUAAAAUUGGAUAAUUUUUGGAGGAGAUACAGUUUUUUUAGAGACAAUGGUAAAUGACAUCAACACGACAAAGAUUUCUUUGGCAUUUUUAAGAAGAUAUGAGUAAAAAUAUAUGGCACUAAAAGGGUUAAAGUACUAACUGACAAUUCCGUAUGAAAAGAAUUGGGUACUAGGUUAUGUUUUUUUGUCUAUGGUCAGUUUUCCUUUUAAUUUGAGCGCAUCGUACCUCUUGUAUAUUGUAGUAGGCCUGGCAUGUUUGCGACAACUGUCACUUAUUGCGAUGCAGCAAUAUUAAGGAGUUUUUACGGAUUAAUAGAACAAUAAAUAAAAAAAAAAAAAACUAUAAUAAUGUUUUAUUUUUAUUUAUUAGUUACACCCUUGAAUUUAAAAAUAACAAUAGUGCCUACUUUUAAAUAUUUCAAUCAUAGUUAAAUACGCAAUGCUAUUUUUCUUGCGUUUUUUUGAAGUCCGAUAAAAACUUAGCAACUAUUUUUUUUUCCUUUCUUUUACCCGCGACUUCGUUGACUGGGAUAUGUCACAGAUCGGGUUAACAAGUAGUCUAUGUUCUUUUCCAUCUCAUAUAAUACCUACGUUUAUACCAAAUUUCAUUGUAAUCGGUUAAGCCGUUAAGAUGCUAAGAGGCAACAAAAUAAAGUGACUUACAUUUAUAAUAAAAUGUUAUUUUGCCGUUUGAUCCCGGCAUAGAAUCGGCCACCCUUUCCUUUCUCGUGGGUGUCGAAAGAAGCAACCAAGAGAACUUAACCCUUAAAUACCUGAAGUUUC